AUGCUGUUUCUGCACGCGCUGUGGCAGACAGUACUGUGCAGGUCGUGGCUAGCUGAAUCUGGCCCAGAAAAGGCAAGCAGUGAUAGCUGCGCACGCUCAGAGGAGGAGAGCUGGAAGGCCCGAUACGUCUUCGCGCUGAAAGACCGUCAUCGCUGCCGCAUUCUGCCGGAGGAGCUAUGUUGGGAUUCUGGGCGUGAUGAGAUGGGCAGGCCUUUGCCGCGGCGCUGGCAUCUCAAGAUGCACCUAGGUCGCUGGGUUGACAAGGAGGUCAUCUUUAGCCCUGGUGGAGGAUCCUUCGCUGACUUCGACUUCCGCGUGCUGAACUUCCGUGUCUUCCAGGAGCUGCCUUGGAGACCUCAUCCAGGUACCGAUGGUCCUUGGGAAGACAGUGGUCCUGGCUUUGUGGGCCAAGAGCCCGAGGCAGACGAGGAGGAUGAUGAAGAGGACGUGGAGGAGGACUCACCCGAUGAGGGAGAGGAUGACGAGGACGAAGAGGAGCCAGAUGAGACGCAGCUGCUCUCGGAGACGGAGAGGGAGGAAGGCCAGGACAGUGCCUCGGAAGCGUCACCGCGGGCUCCACGCAACGAGGCCGAGGACUUCGAAGACUUGCCGGACAGUGACAGCAGCAUCCAUACCAGCCAGAGCAGACCGCGCCGGCGCAUCCUUGGAUCGCCCGCGGCACAGUCUUCGCUGCCACCCCUGACCUCCUUGCCCACACCUACACUCAUGGACAUGGAUCUUAGCUUCAACCGGAGCUUCGGCCGAGACAGGGACCGGCCCCUUCUGCGGCACACACUGGCCUGGGGCAGCCGUCGCGCCGCCUCGGAGGCUGCAGCGGCAGCUGCGGCCGCUGCAGGCCUCGUGGACGGUCGGAGACGGGAUCUCCUUCCGCAGCCUCGCUUCUUGCGAGCUCUUCGCCCCCCUCCGCCACCGUUGCUUCAUUUUGGCCGACGCUUCGCAGACGGCCCUCGGCCCCUGGUGCCUUUGCCGUUGCCCUUGGCCGCUGUGCCACUUCCGACCCCAGCCGUUCCUGUGCGCCGCCGAGCUGCGCGUUGCGUUUCGGGCUGCAGCCUUCUAGAGGUGCCUUCUUUGCCAUUUUUGCUCCGUGUGGACCGCACACCUGACUGGGGCUUCAGCCUAACUCCAGUUCCAGCUGAAGGGCGCGUCGAGUCCAACCAGCCGCAGAGGCAUGGAAUGGGCCAUGUUGGCCGUGCCCUGCGCUUGUCCUCAAGGCAGUUGUCUCCUGCGGAGCACGAUUGUGCCGGCAAGACCCCGUCUGCCACUUUCACUCUUUACCUGCGGCCAGCUGGUGAUGAAUGUCGCAGAACUGGGCUGCAGGGAUCCUGGACUUGCUUCGAUGGCUUCCAGGGCACCAUGCAAGCCUUGACCUGGGUUGGCAGCUGCAUAACCUUCGAGUUUCACAAUGCAACUGGUGCUUUCGCCAACAUUGAAGAGAGCAUCAUCGAUGCCGAGGAAGAUCUGCGAGACCCGGCGCAGCAGGGCGUGGGAGGCAGUUGCAAGAUGGCCUUUGCUGAGGGCAGCCACGAGAUGAGCUUGACCUUCAGAGCGGCGCAUGAGGCUGGCCAAAGCAAGGAGGGACAUCUUGAGCUGUUCGUUGGGCAACUGGGACAAGGCCAGCCGUGCUUCUGGCAGCGUGGAAGCUGCAAUACCGACGCCAACGAGGACCAGGACGUGCCGGGGCCAUUCGAGAAUCUUCCGCCGUUGGUUUUGGUCCUGACCAUGGGAAUGUUUUUUGGGAGUGGCCCGACGCCACCGCCCACCGGAAUCCCGCCGGGUCUCCCUUCAUUGGAGGUGGCGUGGGAUGGCUCGGGACGGUGA